ACCACCAAGUGUCAGGGCAGAACGGAGUGUCUUGUGGGCCGGUCGAGGGCUAGUCGUUUCAAAUACGUAGCCAGCAAAGAGCCGCCCGUUGUCUGCCCAUAUUGUCCGCCGGGUGGAGUUUGGCUACAGUCCGCAAGACAAAGACCAAGUGACCACUAAAACUCUACCGUACCGGCGAGGACACACAGUGACUGAAGGUCUGUGUGACAGUGAGCUGCGGAGCCUCUGGAUCUUCCCCAGACAAGAGAACCACCUGCUGUGACCAGUUGUUUACAUCUCUUUCACCAGCGGGAGGCUUCACUCAAAUAGCAAAGGACAUCUGCAGCAAGGACCUGCCACUAUUUCAUCGCAGCUGCUUUUAAGAUUUGACCUUCCUUUUCCUGGAAUUGAAUUUAGCUGAGUUUUGAGACCCGAUUGAUGGUGAAAAUGCUGAAAUUAAUUAGUAUUGCCCAAGAUGGCAACAUCAAGAUGGUCACUUGUACUUGUAUUGAUUCUCUGUUCAGUUUGAGGGAAAGCUCCAUCCCAUAGUUAUCUUGAUGAAGGCCUUUUUCUGACAAAAGGUAAGGGCCACUUGGGGCCAAGAGGUGGAGGGCCAUACCUCCCCUGCCAUCUGCUCUGCCGUCUGAUUUCAACUAUUUAAUAGAUUUUGUUGCCCUCCUGACUUCAAGAUGGAGCUCUUCUUCAACCCUUUUGACAACUUGGUGUGUAUCCUGCUGGGCAUCUCCUUCACCGUGUGGUUCACCCUGCUGCUGGUCUUCAUUAUCGUGCCUGCCAUCUUUGGGGUGUCCUUCGGCAUCCGACGUCUUUACAUGAAAACCUUGUUAAAGAUCUUUGAGUGGGCCACACUUAGGAUAGAGAGAGCCAAAGAAAAGAAUCACCUCCUGUACAAACCCUACUCAAAUGCUAUCAUUGCCAAGGAGCCCACCUCUUUGGAGGAGGAGAUCAAGGAGAUCCGUCGGAGCGGCAGCAACAAAGACCUGGACUCAGCCCCUGAGUUUGAGAUGUCUGACAUCUUCUAUUUUGCUCGGCAAGGAGUGGCAAGCAUCAUGGACGAUGAGGUGACCAAGCGGUUCUCUGCUGAGGAGUUGGAGUCCUGGAAUCUGCUGACCCGCAGCAACAACAACUUCCACUACAUCAGCCUGAGGCUGACCGUCCUAUGGGGGCUGGGCCUGCUGAUCCGUUACGGCUUCCUGCUGCCUCUCAGGGUAACUCUUGCCUUCACUGGUGUGGGCCUCCUCGUGUUCCUCACCUCUGUUGUUGGGCUGCUGCCAAACGGAAGGAUUAAAAACUUUCUGAGCCAGAAAGUCCAUUUGAUGUGCUACAGAAUAUGUGUCAGAGCUCUGACUGCCAUUAUAACCUACCAUGACAGUGAGAAUAAACCCAAGAAUGGAGGAAUCUGUGUUGCCAACCACACCUCGCCCAUUGAUGUCAUCAUCUUGGCCAGUGAUGGCUGCUAUGCUAUGGUUGGCCAAAUUCACGGUGGCUUGAUGGGGGUCAUUCAGAGAUCCAUGGUCAAGGCCUGCCCACACGUUUGGUUCGAACGCUCAGAAGUCAAAGACAGACAUCUAGUGGCCAAAAGAUUGAGUGACCAUGUAGAAGAUAAAUCUAAACUGCCCAUUCUCAUUUUCCCAGAAGGUACCUGCAUUAACAACACGUCAGUUAUGAUGUUUAAGAAGGGCAGUUUUGAGAUUGGUGCCACAGUCUACCCUGUGGCCAUUAAGUAUGAUCCCCGAUUUGGAGAUGCUUUCUGGAAUAGCAGCAAGUAUGGAAUGGUCAACUACCUGUUACGUAUGAUGAGCAGCUGGGCCAUCGUCUGCAGUGUGUGGUACCUCCCUCCCAUGUCUAGAGAGGAGGGUGAGGAUGCUGUACAGUUCGCCAAUCGUGUAAAGGCAGCCAUAGCCAGGCAAGGUGGACUGGUCGACCUCCUGUGGGAUGGAGGAUUGAAGCGAGGAAAGGUAAAAGAUACUUUUAAAGAAGAGCAGCAGAAGCUGUACAGUAAAAUGCUGGUGGGCACCCAAGAGGACCGCAGUCGCUCCUGAAGGACCUGUGUGGAAGUGGACUGACUCAGACACCCACUCGGGCACCUCUGACUAAAUAGGCAGUCAGCAGAGCUCCCUCUCUAUUGGAGCUCCCAAUUCCCUCUCUGAUGCCAACAGUACUCCAUUUGGCUUCCUCGGUCACUGCCUCAGCCUGGCAUGUUCAGUUUGUAUCGCUGUUACGGGUCAUUCUGAGUCUGCUGCCCUUUUGUUGGAAUAGCUUGACUGAAAUCUUGCUAACAUUAGAAUGAAAGAAAGGUGCGCACAGAAAAGGAGUAUUGUCUUCCUUGGUGGCAGUCUUUUGAGGGAAAACUUGGAUUAUCUAUCAUUGAGUUCUUGUCUUUGUUUAAUAGUUUCAACUUUUUAAUUUUCACUUUACUGUCAUGUUUUUAUCACACUGUGUUAAAGUUGCAGACCUGAUUAUACCUGGGACAUAAAAGAGACUUAUUGUAGAUGAAAACUAGUUUGUUCUAAUGCUGAAACCUGUGACUAAGUUGGGGUUUUUGCAUGAUUGGCACAAUGCCAGAUUUUGUUACAUUUCAGAUAUUUUAUGGGCUUUUUCCAAGAGGAAAAAAAACCUUGUAUUUUAAGCUUUGUGUUUUACAUUAAGACUUGUAUGAAUACACGUGGUCACUAUAGGAGCUAUGUUGCAGAUGACCUCUUGAUAUGUUGUCUGCUCCUGUGUUUUUAUUUUUUAUUUUCAAUGGAAUGUGUAAAUCCUCACAUUAUGAAGUGGAAAUUGUGCACCCACAGUUACUCUGAUGGAGGUUUAUGGAUUGAGGCAGAUAUUCCUGUUUCAGCUAAUAAUGCAGCAUACCUGGAGUAAAAAGGUUUAUAGUCCACUCAUGAAUUUAUUUGGGAUGCUUUUUAGCGUUGUCCCUUUUAAGGCCCAUGGCACACAGGUAGUGACGUAGGAUAAUGACCAUCACAAUUUGUCUCAUGACUAAAACAUAGUUCUAAUGACAAUUAUCUUAUACAUAUUCAUACUAAUACACUUCCUAACAGGCAUCAUGUUUUCCUGGGCUUCCAGUUUGUGGAGUGACCACCUUACCUAAUUUAUUUGGCGUCCACUCUAAAAGCUAUUGUCUUUAUUUCCCCCCUCAUUAAUGAUCUUUCUCCUGCUUGGCAGCCUCUUAAAGGAGGUUUCAAGGAAAGACAGAGUGCAGCUCUAGUUUGGACUCCCUGUUAGGCUGGAGUUGAGGAACACAGUGGACCGCCCCAGGGGUUUCUCCCAGAGGCUCUCAUCCCUCUACUUUGCUGUUAUCAGGGAUAGUCAUUUAGAUCGUGUCAAAUCUGUUCAUCAAAAUAAAUGUUCAAGAAUGUGA